AGAGAAAGAGAGGAGAGAAAGAGACAGCGAGAGAAAGAGAGAGCGAGAGAGAAAGAGAAAGCGAGAGAGAAAGAGAAAGCGAGAGAGAAAGAGAGCACGAGAGAGAAAGAGAGCGAGAGAGAGAAAGAGAGCGAGAGAAAGAGAGCGAGAGAAAGAGAGCGAGAGAGAGAAAGAGAGCGCGAGAGAAAGAGAGCGCGAGAGAAAGAGCGCGAGAGAAAGAGCGCGAGAGAAAGAGCGCGAGAGAAAGAGCGCGAGAGAAAGAGAGCGCGAGAGAAAGAGAGCGAGAGAAAGAGAGCGAGAGAAAGAGAGAGCGAGAGAAAGAGAGAGCGAGAGAAAGAGAGAGCGAGAGAAAGAGAGAGUGAAAGAGAGAGCGAAAGAAAGAGAGAGCGAAAGAAAGAGAGAGCGAGAGAAAGAGCGAGAGAAAGAGAGAGCGAGACAAAGAGAGAGCGAGAGAAAGAGAGCGAGAGAAAGAGAGAGCGAGAGAAAGAGAGCGAGAGAAAGAGAGAGCGAGAGAAAGAGAGAGCGAGAGAAAGAGAGAGCGAGAGAGAGAGCGAGAGAAAGAGAGAGCGAGAGAGAGCGAGCGAGAGAGAGAGCGAGAGAAAGAGAGAGCGAGAGAGAGAGAGCGAGAGAGAGAGCGAGAGAGAAGGGGGAGAGAGAGAGCGAGAGAGAGAGCGAGAGAGAGAGCGAGAGAGAGAGCGAGAGAGGAGCGAGAAGAGAGAGCGAGAGAAAGAAGAACGAGAGAGAAAGAGAGAGCGAGAGAGCGAGAGAGAGAGAGCGAGAGAGCGAGAGAGAGAGCGAGAGAAAGAGAGCGAGAGAAAGAGAGCGAGAGAAAGAGAGCGAGAGAAAGAGAGCGAGAGAAAGAGAGCGAGAGAAAGAGAGCGAGAGAGAGAGAGCGAGAGAGAGAGCGAGAGAAAGAGAGAGCGAGAGAGAGAGAGAGCGAGAGAAAGAGAGAGCGAGAGAGAGAGAGAGCGAGAGAAAGAGAGAGCGAGAGAAAGAGAGAGCGAGAGAAAGAGAGAGCGAGAGAAAGAGAGAGCGAGAGAAAGAGAGAGCGAGAGAAAGAGAGAGCGAGAGAGAAAGAGAGAGCGAGAGAAAGAGCGAGAGAAAGAGCGAGAGAAAGAGCGAGAGAAAGAGCGAGAGAAAGAGCGAGAGAAAGAGCGAGAGAAAGAGCGAGAGAAAGAGCGAGAGAAAGAGCGAGAGAAAGAGCGAGAGAAAGAGCGAGAGAAAGAGCGAGAGAAAGAGCGAGAG